AAAUAUAAGUAUAGUAAAAGGAAAUGCUUGGCAGAAAAUGAAUAGGAUGGAGAGACUUGUGGUGCUUCCUUUCUCCGUCGGAUGUAUAUCCGACUCAAGUGUUGCCGUUUUAUCUCCUCUCUCUAAGCCUCAUCAUCAUCAUCAUCACUCUCCUCAAGGGAUUAUUCGUGAUCAGGAAGAGGAAGAAAACAUGACUGCAUUCAAAUUCCUUGCGGUUUCUAAACCGGAGAUUUCUACCGGUAUUAACCGGCUUUUCAAGAGCUUCAAGACCAUUUCUCAAAUCUUUGCUUACAAGGAAGAAGAGAGUGAAGAUGGAGAGACGUCAGGGAUGGAGAUAGGCGUUCCAACAAACGUAAAACAUGUUUCGCACAUUGGUUGGGAAAGCGGUUUUGCAGGUCCCGGUAAAGGAUGGGAAGAUCUCAUACCUCCGGAGUUGCUUGCAGCUGCCGUCGCUACAAAAGAAGACAUCAUUAAUCCUCAUCUUCAUCAAACUUCAUAAUUUAUCACUCCCUUUAUUUAUUUUAGGUUAUGUUUUGUACACGAAUCUAGACAUAUUUUGAUACAUAUGGGGAAUAUCUGAUCUAUGACACAUUUUAUGA